AUGAACAGCCUUUCCGUCGACCAGCAGGCGAGGGCUGCCAAAGCAUACGUGUUCCAAGAACUCGCAAAGUCGAAGCAGGGACUGGAAAUCCUGCAGGACAAAGACUUUGUCGGGCGGUUGGACAUCCAUUUCAUCAAGAUCUUUGCCAUCUUCGCCGAACUGUACGGCUAUCGACAUGAUUGUCUUGAUCAGCUUGUCGAUUUGGUGACAAUUUGUGGAAAGAGUUGGCUGGAAAGGUCCCCGGAACUGCAAAAGAUCGAUCAACAGCGUGAAUCCGACCCUCAGUGGUACAUGUCAAACCAGAUGUUGGGAGGCGUCUGCUACGUUGACCGCUAUGCAAAGAACUUGACUGGCAUCAAGGAACGCAUACCAUACUUCCAAGACCUGGGACUGACGUAUCUCCAUCUCAUGCCUCUGUUCCUUUCUCCACAACCUCUCAACGAUGGCGGCUACGCAGUCUCCAGCUAUCGAGAAGUCCAACCAACGCUGGGCAGUAUGGAGCAACUAAGAGAGCUUGCGAGCGAAUUGCGAAAAGCGGGUAUCAGUCUGGUAUUGGAUCUGGUCUUCAACCACACUUCAAACGAGCAUCGAUGGGCAAGAAAGGCUGCAGAGGGUGACCCAGAACAUUCCGCCAUGUAUUGGAUCUUCCCGGACCGGAGUGUGCCGUCAGCCUUCGAGCAAACGACGAGGGAGAUCUUCCCAGACGACCAUUCGGGAUCGUUCAUCCAACUGCCCGAUGGACGAUUUGUCUGGUCGACCUUCCACCACUUCCAAUGGGAUCUGAACUACUCCAAUCCUGCCGUCUUCAGAGCCAUGGCCGCAGAGAUGCUAUACCUGGCCAAUGUCGGCGUGGACUUUUUCCGCAUGGACGCCGUGGCUUUCAUGUGGAAACAGAUGAACACCGACUGCGAGAACUUGCCCGAAGUCCAUAAGCUCCUGCGCGCAUUCAAUGCUUUGUGUCGCAUAGCCGCCCCGUCGGUCCUGUUCAAAUCCGAAGCCAUUGUGCAUCCGGACUAUGUGGUCCAGUACAUCGACCGGUCGGAGUGUCAACUGUCGUACAAUCCCCUGCAGAUGGCAUUGGCAUGGGAAGCCCUGGCCACUCGCGAUGCAUCGAUGCUCUCGCAAGCCAUCGAACGCAGACACAAUAUCGCCCGAGACUGUGCCUGGGUCAACUACGUGAGGUCUCACGACGACAUCGGCUGGACCUUCUCGGACGAAGACGCGCAAGAACUAGGUAGGAACGGGACAAACCACCGCAAAUUCCUCAACGCCUUUUUCGUGAACCGAUACCCGGGGAGUUUCGCCCGCGGUGUCCCCUUCCAGGAUAAUCCGAAAAACGGGGAUUGUCGGAUCUCAGGUACGACUGCUUCACUGGCGGGACUGGAAUCAAUGCAAGACCAUGCCAUUGAGCGGAUCCUGCUGUUGUACUCGAUCGCCAUGAGCACGGGAGGCAUUCCACUGAUCUAUCUAGGUGACGAGGUCGGACAGCUCAACGACUACAGCUAUAUCAAUGAUGCGGCGAAAACAGAUGAUAGCAGAUGGGUCAAUCGAGCGCAUUAUCCGGAGUCGAGGUAUGCGGAAAGACAUGAUCCUCAUACCAUUCCUGGUAAGAUCUAUGCGGGGAUCAGACAUCUCAUACACCUGAGAAAAACCACAGGAGAGCUGGCCGGUGGGAGAGCUGUAGGGUUCUAUACGGGCAGUCCGGCCAUCCUUGGAUAUCAGCGGCCAGGGCCUCACUCGACGGUGCUGUGUCUGUGCAACUUCGCGGACAGUGCACAAUGGAUCGGUCGAGAUCGGUUCAUGAGGAUGCCGGUCGAAGCCAUGGACUUGGUUUCCAGAUAUAUGAUCAAUCUGAGGGAUGCAGGGAUUGAGCUGAGACCGUAUCAGUUCUUGUGGUUGAGAUAUUAG